AUGACUUCAUUAAAAUUACAAUUAAGUAAACUUGCUGAUGCUCAUACUCAGUGGCAAUUGACCGAUAGUGACAAUCGUAAACGAGCAUCAUUUCUCUAUGAUCCGAAAGUAGCUUCAACGCUCGAUCGAGAAACAAUUUAUUGUCUUGGUGCAAAUGGGUUUGAAGAACUCUGUUUACUUGAUUCUGGUUUUGAAGAAUUCGAACGCGUUCUUUUCAGUGAUACAAGUUUAACAUUUGAACGUAGUAUUCAAACUAAAGAAGUCAAUGAUUCAUUGAAUCAAACUAUUCGACGAUUUCUUAUUCGUCUUUCACCAUAUUUUCUCUUAAGUCCAGCUCACAAAGCAUUAGAAUGGCUUGUGCAUCGAUUUUUCAUUCAUUUUUACAAUGUUGAUGAUCUUAUACGGUGCAUAUUACCGUAUCAUGAACAUAAUUAUUUCACACGGGCUGUUCAAAUGCUUCGGCUAAGUGAUAAACAGAGCACUUGGACAUGGCUUGAGUCUGCUCAAAAAGCUGGAACAACAAUUCCCGGUCUUGUUAUGGCUAAUCGUUGUGCAACUGAUUUAGGGUUUUUUAAUUUUAUUUGUGAUUCCGUUGCAAUGGCAGUUCAUGAAUUCGGCUCGAGUCAUUCGUCAUUACGGGUUAUAAUGAAUUUUUAUCUAAAAACAAUAUGUUCAACUAUAUUACAUUCAUUGGCGAAUAAGAAAAAAAAGAAGAAGAAAAAUUCCAACGAAGAAAACUUUAUUGCUCAAUUCAUGCCUUAUUUACUGAAAGGUCUUAAAUCAAAAUGUCUAGAUUAUAAACGCGCAACUUAUUUGAUUCUUUCGAAUUUAUCAAAUAUAUUUACGUUUCAAACGAAUAUUAAAGAUGAAAUACUUAAUGUUAUUUCUAAAGGUUUUUCUGAUGAUUUAAUCAAAGAAAAUCUUUUAAUUAUCUCCGUAUUUCUUAACAAUCAACAUCAUCAAUCAGUACCAGAUAGAUGUUUUCUUAAAUUAUGUCAACUCUCAAACGUGGCUGAAGAAAUUUUUCAAUUGACAAAUGAAGUUCGCCUAGAUAAUUUUCUCUGCGGAUGGUUCGAACAAUUACUCAAUCAUGUUUUAAAAGAUAACAAUCAAAUGGAAACUGAUCAUGAAGAAAAUUUCACUUCAUUAAUCGAAAAAACAUUAAAUACAAUAAAAUUUAAUUCAGCCAUUCUUAAAUUUAUCAUUAAUUGUUUUAUAAAACAAUUUAAUAGUAAAAACAAUACUUACAUUGUAUCCUUAGCAUCAAUCAUUGAACGAAAGUACCCGAUUGAUUUCGAUGAUAAUAUUCGCCAACAAACAGAAAGUUGUUCGACUGACGAAGAACGAAAACGUAUUAGAGAGUUCGCAUCAAUGACUGCCAUUGGAUUUAAACAUCAACCAUUAUCUGAUCGUGGUUCACUUGCUAUUUGUCUCAAUCAUCCACAAGCACAAUUACGAAUUGAAGCUUUACAACGAAUUCGCGAAGGAAUCAUGGCAAAACAAAAUAUUGAAACUGAAUUUCUUAUUGAUGUUCUUACAUCGCGUUUAAUUGAUAAUGAAAUUACAGUUGUUCAUGAAGCCCUUCAUCUUUUAGAAGAAUUACAGCUAACAGAUAACCAACAAAUUAAUGAUAUCUUACAAAAACUUCUUCAACGUGAAAACGAAGAUUGGUCAUCAGUUCAACAAUCAAUUGUUCGUCUAUUGACACUUGAUCCUUCAUCUGAAAAUAAAUACCUCCAUCUACUUUUUCCAACAACGUCGUCGGAGCUCAAUUUGUUAAAUAAUCUGUUAGAAAAUUAUAAACAAAAACAAACAUCAUCGCCAUUACUCAAAUUAACGAAAAAAAUUUUCAAAUCAACAACAGUUGAUAGUUUAUCAACAGCUAUUGAUCGAUUUAUUCAAUCAAUUGCAAUUAGCGAUGAUCAAAGCAAUAUAUUGUUACCGUUAUUACGACAAUCCGAUGAAAUUCUACGGCUUGUUGAACAUUUUCGACCAAAUUGGGUUAAAUUUGCUAUUAUCUAUGUACUAUUAGGAAUAGAAACAAUAAAACAACAUGCUAAUAAUGAAUAUAAUCAAUUAGCUACAAUUAUAGUUUUUAAACUAUUAAAAAGUUUAUCGAAAGAAAUUUCACCAAUCAAUGCAGAAUCAACUGAACUAACUGAGAGUAAAACUUUAAUUGAUUUACAUGUCAUCAAGAAAGUUCCAUUAACAAAGAUAAGUUAUGAUUUUCUUUGGAAACUCUAUAUUCAAGCUUUACCCAAAGAUAAUAGUCAAUCGUCAUUUACCAAUGAUUUUCUAUGUGAAUGUAUUCAAUGGUUGUGUUCCGAAGAGAAAAUCUCACAUCUUCAUCUUCUAUUCAAUGAACAAUUUCCAUUAUUAAAUAAACUUGUUCUAUAUCUUGCUGAAUAUUAUCUAAACAUCGCAGAGAAAAAUCAUGAACAAGAACUCAUAUUGAAAUAUAUUGUCAAACAAUCUCACACAACUGAAUAUACAAAUCUAUCAAUAUUAAUAUUGAGCUUUUGUCUUCAUUCAACCUAUCGACCGAUUCGCUCGUCAACAUUGAAAAUUUUCCAAACAAAAUUAAAAUGUUCAACAGAUGAUUUCGAUGCAUUCAUACAAAGUGUAAAACAUCAUGAAAACGAAAUUUUAACGGAUUCCGAAUAUAUUUGUUAUUUAAUAUCGCAAUUAAUUCAACCGAUUAAAUUAAAUGAAAAGAAAAAACGUAAAUUAAAUUCUGACAAUUCAUCACUAAUAAGUUUAUUUAAAACAACAAUCGACUCCAAUGAAGAUUUAAAUCACAAGUUAAAACAACAAUUAAAUAUUCAUUUACUUUAUGUACUGAAACAAUGUAAACAUUGGUCAAUAUUUAAUGAAUAUCGUAUUGAUAUGGAAAAUCUUCUUCAAUUGUCUGAACAAAAUUUAGCAGUACAUCAUAAUAAAAUAUUUAUUGAACAUAUUAUUCAUCAUAUGGAUUGUGAAACAUUAAUGCAUGAACAAUCAUUUUGUUUUGAAAUUAUUUUACAAAUAUUAAAACGUUCUAUUAAAAAAUCAAAAGCAUUAAUAACCAUUGAUAUUAUGACAUUAGCAUUAAAACAGUUCACAUCGGAAAUGUUUUCAUCGCUUUCAUCAGAUUUCGAGAAACAAAUUCAAUUAAUCGAUGAAUGUUUUUCAUUAUGGCAACGUUCAAAAUCUGCACAAUUAACAUCGACAAUUAAAACAACCCUAUCCGAAUUUAAUUUCGAAGCUAAACACUUCUUAACUUAUUGGAAAACUAUUCUCGAACCAAACAAUCAAGAAAAUACUUCAAAUGUACAACAAAAUCGUUUAUCAAAUAAGAAAUUAAUUGUUUCAAAAACCAACGAAUCAGCACCAACAAAUCCAAUAAAUAUCUCAAUCAGUUGGAAAAAUCUCAUACCAUCAUUAGAACUCUUACAUAAUGAUCAAUUAUUAAUUACUAAUCGACAUGAAUUAAUUCGUCCGUUGUUUGUUAUGCUUGAAAAAUCUUUGAAUCAAACAGAAGAGUUCGAACAAAAAACCUAUAUUCAUCAGUUGUGUUCAACAGCUUUACUUAAUCUUUAUACACAAUUAAAAUCAGAUGAAUGCAAUCCGGAUAUUUUCAAUAGCGAAGUUGUUAUGGAAUGUAUGAGGCGUACAAAUGAUUUGCAUACAACACAACAAUGUCUUAUGCUUUUAUCGAAAGGCGCACAACUAUUUCCGGAAAAAUUAAUUAGUAUGAUCAUGGCCAUGUUUGCUUUUGUUGGCGAUCGUCUUGUACGUAAAGAUGAUUUAUACAGUUAUCAAGUUAUGGAAAAGACAAUAAAAACUGUUAUACCAUCUUUAUAUAAAGAGAAAAACGCUGAGCAACGCCGACCAAUACUCGCUAAAAUUACUCAUGUUUUUGUAACAUCAUUAGCACAUUUACCGGCACAUCGUCGGCAAGAUAUAUUUCGUAUGCUGAUGGAAUCGAUCGGCCAAGAAGAAUGUCUUUGGUUUGCACCAAUCCAAUUGUUUGAUUCUGUUCUUCUAUCACCAAUAAAUAGAAAAAAUGAAGAAACAUUAAAAAAAUCUUUGAUCGAAGCUAAUGAACAAAUGUUAAGCGGUUUUAAUCAAUUUCCAAUAUCAACAAUACUGAUUAGUCUUACACGUAUAUUAAACAUUCUUUUGAAUUUACCUGAUCAAAUAACAAAACAUCAAUCGACUCCAUCGACAUAUUCACAUUUGAUCGACUUACGUCUCUAUACAACAAAACAUAUUCACGUGUUUAAAUAUCAAUUAUUAGCAUUCGUUAAUAAUGUUCUUUCUGCUGAUUUCUUCAUUAAAAUGAUUAAACGUGGUUUUCAUCAAGAAAAUGAAUUAAAUUAUUUGAAUGAAUUAAUUCAAGCGAUUCUUCAUUGUUUAUUAUGGGCUAAUAAAUUAUCCGAAGAUGAUGUCGAUAUAACUCGUUAUAAUAAAUCAAUAUUAAAUAAAAUUUAUGAUUGUUUAAAUAAAAGUAUUGCUCUAUUAAAUGGUUCAAUGUUUGCCAACAUCAUAUCAAAUCUACUUCAACAACAACAAACAAACGAUAAAUUACAACGAAAAACUUUAGAAAUAUUAAAUAAUCGUUUGAAAGAUGAAUUUACACCAGAAAAUGAGCUUGUUUUAUUUCUACCACAUAUGGAUGGUUUAUUAUCGAUUAUUAACAAAUAUUCAACACAUGAACAAGAACAAACAGCCCAAACAGCGCUUUUUUCAAUCAAAUUACUUGCUAAACGUUUAGCUGAAAAGCAUCCAACAGAAUUUUCAUCGGUAAGUUUUAAUAAUUUUUCAAAAUAUCAAUAG